AUGCCGUGCGGACUCGGAGGUUCCAAAACUACUCAGAGGAAAUUGGUCUUAUUAGGGGAUGGUGCUUGCGGAAAAACAAGUUUACUAAACGUUUUUACGAGAGGAUAUUUCCCAACGGUAUACGAACCUACGGUUUUUGAAAACUACGUUCAUGAUAUCUUCGUCGAUGGUACACAUAUCGAACUUUCUCUAUGGGACACAGCCGGCCAAGAAGAAUUCGAUCGAUUGCGCUCGCUUUCCUACGAUGAUACGCACGCAAUCAUGCUUUGUUUCUCCGUCGACUCAAAAGAUUCCCUCGAAAACGUCGAGUCCAAAUGGGUAGGCGAAAUCGCUGAGAAUUGUCAAGGUGUCAAACUCGUUUUAGUCGCAUUGAAAUGUGAUUUGAGGGAACAAGGUGCAGACGAUGAAGCGGCAGAGGGAACAGAAGGUGCAGAACCGAGAGAAAAGAAACCAAUGAUUGACUACAAUCAAGGCUUGGAAGUAGCGAGGAGAAUCAAUGCGCUCAGAUAUCUGGAAUGCUCGGCGAUGAGGAAUAGAGGAGUUAACGAGGCGUUUACAGAGGCGGCUAGAGUCGCAUUGAGUGUCAAUCCCAAUGGGGGUGAUGGGGAUGGAAAGUGUGAUGUCAUGUAAAAGGUGUAUAAAGUUUGAGGUGACCUCGCUUUUGGAAAGAGGAUGCGACUUAUUCUUCAAUUCUUGUUCUGGGUUUCGGGAAGGAAGGCUGGCGUUGGAGGUUCGAGCGUGCUUAGGUGGUACAUAUAAUUUUACUGGAAGUAAAAGGACACUCUCAAAGUGCUCUUCUGAAAGAUGCCUUCGAGUUCAAUUUCGGAAUAGGUUUACAGCGGGAAGAUGCAAUGGGUGCAGAACCUACUUUUUCUUUCUUCCCAUUAUAAUCCUUAGGGAGAAAAUGGAAGAGGGCUCUUCAAUUCAUGAACAUAUAACUUCAAUUUCGACUUCUUGAUUCUUUCUUCUUCUUCUUGGUCUUUUUUCUUCUUGGUCUUUUUUCUUCUUCUAUUUUUCUUUCGCUUCUUCAUUCGAAAAUUCUUGGCGCUGGAGUAGAGAGUAGAGAAAAGUGUUGUUAUGAUGAGGGAUGAGGGAU